GCCGUUGUCUUCCCCAAACCAAACCCUCAAAACACACACACACACACACAUAGACACGAAUCAUCAGCCAUAAUUGACCGAUCAAUCAUCGGAUUUUCAGAAUGUUCAGAACGGCGACGUCUCGUGCUAGGUCUCUCAAGGGCCGAACGGGCUAUAAGGGAUGUGCCAGAUAUGCGACUGUUAGCCCCGUUUCGACUAAACCAGCAUCUGCAGGUUUCUUUAGUUGGUUAACGGGUGAGAAGUCGUCGUCACUUACACCACUAGGCCUCCCACUGGAAAAUGUCACUCUCCCCCCUCCAUUGCCCGACUACGUUGAGCCGGGAAAGACUAGGGUAACCACUCUUGCAAACGGUCUGAAAAUCGCCUCCGAAACAUCAGCGAACCCUGCAGCUUCGAUCGGCCUGUAUGUUAACUGUGGCUCGAUAUACGAAACACCAGCAUCGUACGGAGCAACACAUCUCUUGGAGCGUAUGGCAUUCAAAAGUACCACUAACAGGAGCCACUUGCGUGUUGUGCGUGAAGUUGAGGCGAUUGGCGGCAAUAUAACUGCGUCGGGCUCGAGGGAGCAUAUGAGCUAUACGUACGAUGGGCUUAAAACCUACGUCCCUCGAAUGGUGGAGCUCCUUGUCGACUGUGUUAGAAACCCUGCCUUUUUGGAUUGGGAAGUUAGCGAACAGCUUCGUAAGAUGAGCGAUGAUAUCAGCGAAGCCUCCAAAAACCCUCUACACUUGCUUUCGGAGGCCAUUCAUUCAACCGGUUACUCUGGUCCCUAUGCCAACGCUCUUUUAGCAUCGGAAUCUGCUCUUACACAUUUGAACAGUGGCGUUUUGGAGAAUUUUGUUGCUCAAAACUACACUGCUUCUAGGAUGGUCCUUGCAGCAUCAGGUGUUGACCACGAUAAGCUGUUGGAGUAUGCAGAACCACUUCUUUCUGACCUACCCAAUGUUUCUCCUCCUUCGGUGCCAAAGGCCGUUUAUACAGGGGGCGAUUAUCGCCGGCAAGGUGACUCAGGGGCAACCCACUUUGCACUGGCCUUUGAACUUCCUGGUGGUUGGGUCAAGGAAAAGGAUGCCAUGACUUUGACUGUUCUCCAGAUGCUCAUGGGAGGAGGUGGAUCUUUCUCAGCCGGUGGUCCCGGGAAGGGGAUGUACUCAAGAUUAUAUCUUAAUGUCCUGAACGAGAACCCCCAGAUUCAGUCUUUUUCUGCAUUCAGCAGCGUAUCCAAUCAUACUGGAUUAUUUGGAAUUCAAGCUACUACCGCAUCUGAUUUUGCUAUAAAUGCCAUUGAUAUCGCUGUACGAGAACUCAUGGCUGUUGCAACUCCUGGACAAGUUGACAAGGUACAACUAGAUCGUGCUAAACAGUCGACGAAGACUGCCUUUUUGAUGAAUCUAGAAUCCAGAAUGGUUGUGUCAGAGGACAUUGGUAAACAGAUUUUGACACAGGGAGAGAGGAAACCCGUGGAUCAUUACUUGAAGAUUGUUGAAGAAAUUACAGCUCAAGAUAUUGCUAAAACAGUGCAAAAGCUUUUAUCAUCUCCCCUCACAAUGGCAUCUUACGGCGAUGUGCUUCAUCUGCCAAGCUAUGAUUCAGUAAGCAGGCUGUUCCAUUAAAAGAGCCUCUGCUGUGUCUUUAUUUUGGGCGACAAUUUUAAAAAUCUGAGCUGCCUUCUCCCACCGAUAUUUAUUGGAAAUACGGUAUGUUUGAUUUUUUGACAUGAAAUAAUAAACGACGAGCUUCUUGUAAAAAAUAAGCACUUUGAUGCCUAAUUUUUUCUUUUUCUAAUUAAGCAUGCCCGGAUUUUGUGGCUAUCAAGACCGGUUCGAUGAAGUGGUCGUUUUUCAGUCGUCAAUUAUCCGGGUCGAAUAAUAAUUUCCCGCCAUAAUUUUAUUGUUGCUGUUGGCAGAGUCCAAGAUUAUACUUUACUUGAAAAAUCUUAAUUUAUGAAUGCUAAUGCAUUGAUUU